AUGACCAAGCUGCAGAACUUCACUUGGGCAGUGGAAGAUAUUUUCAAGGAAACCUUCCUCAAUUACAUGAACGGCUGGAGGAGGAACAUGACAGAAGCAGAGAACAAACUGCAGGCUGAGGUGGCUGCUGAAAACUUUGACUACGUUAUCCUGUACCUGAUGGUGAUGAUUGGGAUGUUCUCCUUCAUCAUCGUGGCCAUCCUGGUGAGCACUGUGAAAUCCAAGAGGAGGGAGCACUCCAACGAUCCCUACCACCAGUACAUCGUGGAGGACUGGGGGGAGAAGUACAAGAACCAGGUGCUGAACCCAGAAGAUCUCAAGUGUGUGAUCCAUGAAAACCUGGGGGCAAGGGAUAAAACAAGCCCAGAGUCACCUUGA